AUGGCUACGCUCGUACGUCCCAAUUCUUCAUCCGUACGCAUGACGAUCGAAACGAUGUUACGCCGUAUGUUUGACAUUGACGAAUGUAUCGAUGUAACUGUAAAAUUUGAACUUUCUACGGACAUUGACAUGGUCAUGUUCAUCGAAUGCGAUAUACGUGGAGAUCUGAGUCAAUCGGAAAAGACGAGACAACCGCUGGACAUAACCUCGUUACAAGUCGCGUACGCGCUGGUGCAAGACAAAGCAAGUGAACUCAAUGAGUUGAGCCUGAAAUUACGGAACUUGAUGAUCGAAGCCGAAGAAUCCGAAGAAGCCCUCUGCAAAGAAAUAGAGCAUGCGGAUGAGUAUGUAGCGAAGUAUCAUCAAGCGAAACUUGAGGUAACCGGAUUGAUUGAGAGGCAAGAAGCUCACGAGUCCACGCCGCCAGUACAGUCUUCAUCUCGACGGUCGUAUUCUGCACUCGCGACGACACAGGAAAGUAUGCGCACACUAAAAUUACCAAAGAUUGAAUUAAGAAAAUUCGGAGGCGAUAUUAAAGAUUGGCUACCGUUUUGGGGAACGUUUAAGAAAAUUCACGUGAAUCCAGAAUUGGCUAAAGAAGAUAAAUUUCAUUAUUUAAUACAGUCUAUGGAAACGGGUUCGCGUGCAUGUGAAGUAGCCAAGAAGAAGGAUACGCCGUCGCUCAACCAGUGUUUAGAAACGGGACCCAAUCUUAUUGAGCUUGUUCCAGCAUUGCUACAUCGAUUCAGAGAAAAGAGGAUAGGAGUAACAGCAGAUAUUGCUAAAGCCUUUUUACAAAUUAACGUUUCCCCAUCAGAUAGAGAUGUCCUAAGGUUUUUGUGGGAUACUAACGGCGAAAUCGAGACUUAUCGUCAUCGUCGGGUUGUUUUUGGAAUAACUAGCAGCCCUUUCCUUCUAGGAGCCACCAUAAAAUUACUCAUUGAGAAUACGUUAAAUUCUACUGUUUCGACACACGAGAAAUUAAUUUACAAGAAAUUGUUAAGAUCCUUUUACGUUGACGAUUGCAUCACCAGUGUCGAUUCUUACGAGGACUUCGAGAUUUUUCAGAGAGAAGCAAGUUCCGUUUUGGAUAAAGCAAGAUUCGACUUAAGAAACUGGAAGUACACAGGCCUGAGAUGCAAGACUCGAUCGACAGUACUUGAACUAAUAUGGAAUACUGAAAAGGAUACUCUUUCGUUGUCGGGUUUCCCCCUACAACCCACCGCAGAAAGGAUAACGAAGAAAAUUGUUUUAUCGCACGUGCAGAAGGUUUUUGAUCCAUUAGGAGUGAUCUGUUCUGUGUUGAUGAAAGCAAAACUACUGCUACAGCGCCUUUGGAGCGAAGGUUUAAAUUGGGACACGGAAAUUGAUCCGGAUAGAAAAAAGGAGUUCUUGGAUUGGGCGCAGCAACUGGAUCUUCUCCGGAUCUUGAGGUUCCCACGCUGGAUUUUCGGUGAGAUAAGAAGUACAGAUACAUUGUCCCUGCAUAUGUUCGUAGAUGCAAGCAAAGAUGCAUAUAUUGCUGUUCUUAUCGUGCGUAUCGAAUCAGACACGGAAGUCAAGGUUCAUCUAGUGGAAGCUAAAUCGAGAAUAGCACUCAAAAGCAAGAAAACGAUACCGCGUCUCGAAUUACUGGCUGCUUCCAUUGGAGCGCGGAUGAUGCAUUCUUUCGACAAGGCAAUGGAUUAUCGAGAUAUUAAAAGAUAUUUUUGGAGCUAUUCGCUGCCCCCGGAAGAAUGGCCGUCCGAAGAAGAAGAGAUUAACGAAGAGGUAGUCAAUAUAGAGCUGCGCAAAACUUCCGGUCGACUUAAAGAAGAGACUCCCCCUAAAGCUACGACAGAAGGGAUCGCCAUGAUUGCUUGUGAAAAAGACGUCCCUUGGUACUUGGAAAGAUUUUCAAGCUACGCAAAGAUCUUACGAAUGAUAGCAUGGGUGUUAAGAUUUACUAAUAAUUCCCGAAGAAUCCACGCAUCAGUCGGAGGAGAGUUAAGCGCGAAAGAAAUCAGUACAGCAGAAUUACUCCUCUGUAAGUUAGCUCAGAAAGAAUCAUUCAUGGGAGUAAACGAUCCACGGCUGCGAGGAUUGAACGUCUUCGAAGAAAAGGGAAUUAUGCGUAUUAAAACAGCAAUUUCUAAUCGUCAAGACACUUUCUGUUUCAGAUAUCCUAUAGUGUUGGAUUCAAAGCACUUAUCGACGAGGAGAGUUAUCCUGUAUACUCAUUUGAAACUCAAUCACGCUGGAACCGAGAUUGUAAUGAACAAUCUACGAGAGAAGUUUUGGAUUCUUCGGUACCGACGAACGGUGCGUUCCAUCGUUCACAAGUGUACGGCUUGCCGUCGACACGCAGCGAGGAACAUGGAAGCGCCAUUUACACCGCUGCCAGAAAAUAGAGUACGAGAGGCAGCAGCAUUCGAGGUGGUAGGCAUCGAUUACGCAGGUCCUCUUUUCUUGAAGGAAGGAUGUAAGGCCUCGGAGGAAUUUAUAGAAGCCUUCAGAAGAUUUAUAGCCAGACGAGGAAGGCCCUCUGUAGUCUAUAGCGAUAAUGGCAGAAAUUUCAUAGGACUAGCGAAUUUACUACGAAAAAUUAAUUGGCAGAAAAUUCAGCGAUAUUGCUCUCUUAGCCAAAUCGAAUGGAAUUUCAAUCCACCUUCAGCUGCUUGGUGGGGAGGAUGGUGGGAGCGCCUCAUCCGCAUCCUCAAGGAUUUGCUGAGGAGAACGCUGAGGAGAACUUCGUUGAGUUACGAAGAGAUGAACACGGUCUUGUGCGACUGUGAAGCUGUUAUGAAUUCAAGACCGCUUACUUACAUGACAGAAGAGAGUACUGAGACCAUGGCAAUCACGCCGGACAUAUUCAUUAGAGACAUCAAGGAAGCUGGCGCUCCCGAUUUGGACCAGAUCAGCAAAAUAAACUUUGCAAAACGAAUCCGUUAUCGCCAAAGUCUAAAGGAAGAAUUGAGAAGGCGUUUUCGCAUCCAGUAUCUAGGACAAUUAUCCAGACGGACGAAAUGCAAGAGCAGUUUCACGCAGGUUGCAGUGGGCGACGUAGUACUAGUCGGAAACGACACCCAAAGACGUUUGGAUUGGCCGCUGGCAAUAGUCAAAGAAGUCCUUCCUGGAAAGGACGGACAUACCAGAGUUGUGAGACUGAAAACGGAAAAGGGAGAAUUAAUUCGCCCAAUACAAAGACUGAUCCCGUUGGAGGUGGGUCAUCACGCGGAAAAAGCUAGCAGAGUCCGUGAGUCAAUCAAAGCUUCGCCUCAGGAUGGAGAGAGUCUGGCCCGCAGAAGAAGCAGGAGUCGGUCGUCGAGGAGAAGCCGGAGUCUGUUCCUACAGAAGAAACGGAUCUAA